AAACGUUAUGUUUUUAUGUACAUGUAUUUUAGACUUUAAUUUUGUUUGGAUGCCCUUUUAAAUCAGAUGUUACUUUGUAGCCACCAAGUGACUAAUAAGAAUGCAAAGCGUAUGGUUAAUAUCUUAAAGAAAGCACAGAGAAUUUAUGUAUUUAGCAGAUAUGUGGCGACCAGGACCGAAUCACAUUCACAGGGUUUGCUCAAUCACCACUCAUAUUGUUCUAAUUUUCCUCUGCUUCAAUCGUUGUUAGAGUACAUUGCCCCUGAACAUGCUUAUAUUUACCUUUUCAAGAUGUAACAGGGGCUCAAAGUACUUCGCGAAAGGAAUUUAGACAUACAUCAAUUGAAAGAGUAGGAUGUGGUAGGAAUCGCCAUAAAGAAUUUGUGAACUCUUGGAGCAAAACAAGAGAAAAUUACAGUAGCCACAUUAUUUACAUAAAAAUAAAAGUACAUAAGAAGUUGUUGGCAGUGUUAGAAGAAAGCUACUACUGAACACCAAUUUGUCUAGUGGCAUGUCGCAUGUCUCAGUAAAACCAAGUUUCCAGGUUGGAAAAGCAAAUAUAACAUCUGUCGAGCCUACUCUUUUAAAAAAAAUGAGGCAGACACGUAACAAAAUAAGGAUUUCAGUGCUAAACCUUUCAUGUUAUGCCUGGCACUGAGGUGUCACGGAAAAACCCGGAUAGACAGUGUCGCCGCCUACACGCAGACUUGGUCGAUGACAUGACGCACACAGGUGUGUAUUGGUAACUAGCCGGUCAGGUGGAGCUUGGCUGUUGACUCCUACCUAGAGUCAGUAAUGUCGGCUGUAAAAAAGCCAAAACCAAAGAGAACGAGGCUUCAUCACAUUUGGUCUGACGAGGUAAACAAGCGCGACACCUAGUGACGCCUGUGUCUGAGUCAAGAUCUCAACUCGCACCACAAGGUCUUCACUGGCAGGUGUCCAUGUCAUCAAGGUAAUUACUAUCAAGUGUCCAGAUCAUCAAGGCAAUUACUAUCAAGUGUCCAGGUCAUCACUGCAACACCGAUCUACGGCAAUUGACUAUGAAUACUGCAGAGCAAUUGUUCAUUAAAGAGUUCAACGCAUUCAUGCCAAGUAAUGAAUACAACGGGAUUCAUGAUAUGUAUGCUGUUGCACAGUACACACGAGGAUCCAAAACAAAUUAUUUCAGAGCGGAUACCAAGUUUGAAUUCUUCAACCAAAUACACCCAGAAAUUACUGUAAUGGAGCACUUGCUAGAACUGCUUAAGAGUCAAGACCUGGAUUCUCCAAACAUCAAGAUAUACACCAGCGAUGCUCCUUGUCAUGAAUGUUGUCAAAAGUUUCUGCAGCUUCUGCAAACCGCCAAUUUGUAUCACAAUCAAGACCUGCAAAUUGAAAUUGUAUUUUCGGGGAUACAUCGCAUCAAACGACCUUCUUGUGUCAAAGAGAACAGUUGUAGUUUACAUCUUUCUCAAAUUUCUGACAACCAACAUCAAGUCAACGUGGAUGGACUGAAGGCACUGUACAACACGCGGGGUGUUCGCCUUCGUCCCUUCACAGACCAAGACUGGCUGGAUCUUCUAAGGGCUUUGUGGCGCCCGAAAACGAAAGAUGAAAUACUGAAAAAAGAUUUCGAGCAAAUAAUGAAUUUUAACUCCACGAUUGAUCAGAUCGAGCAGUCGUCUCAGUGCACCACCGCAAUGUCCUUGAGUCCCACCCAGAAAAGUGAAUCAGACGAGCCUGGGUACGUGAGCCUUGACAAGCAGAACGAGCCUGACAUGCGCACGACACCGGAAGUUUGUGCAGGCAGUGACGAGGAAGAGGAAGACGGAAUAACAGCUCGCAAAAGGAAGAGGGAAGAUGAAAGUGGCGAAGAUGAAAGACGAGACAAGAAAUUAAUGAAAGAGAACGAACGAAAAGAGAAAGGAGAAUACCAAGAAGAACAAGUAAAAGCAGAUGAAGUAAUUAUUCACGAAGUGGUAACACCUGAGGAAGUGGAGGCAACGAGUUAAGAACAAUCAAUAGCAGAUGUUAAGUGUUAUUGACUGUUGGUAAACUUGUAAACAAGACGAUGCUCACAAUCUAUUGUUUCAAUUUUGAGCACACAUAAGAACACUUCAGACACGGCAUUUAAAGUGUAACUAACUUGUAUGUAAUUGAUAAAUAAAUUAAUGACUGUGUGUAAUAUCAAAUAAGGUGUUAAUGAAGCAGUUUGCUCUACCUGUGCUCUUACAGAGAAGAAGCAAAGCUACAAGUACAAGAACUACUUUACAUGUACAAGUACUACUUUAAAAAUGUUUUAACAUUUGCACAAUAACUAAUGUGUAUGUAUGGUGUAUGGUUUUAUAAGACUUGAUUAUGCAUUGAUAAAAAAAUAUUGUUUUAAAAUGUACAUUUCCAAUUUUAACAAGUAAACACACACCAACUUGCUCAGUAAUGUCCUUUGUGAAUGACCAAAAAAAAAAAUCACGAAAACCCUUUAUGUACAGAAUGUUGUGUUGUGACAUUAUAUAUAUACAUAGAAAAGUGUAAGUACGUAAAAUUUAACUCUUAAUAACAGAAUCGAACAUAGUAUCAACACAAUUUUUUUAAAGAGUGAAUAUUAAAUUCUUUACUGUAUUGUAGGCAACUAAAACUUUCCUCUCUAAAAAAA